CGCCCUCCUAUUUUUCUAUCCCCCAUCCCGCACCCCUCCUCUCCCCCACUCCUCCCUAUUCCUAUCCCCCCAGCCUCCCCCACGAACCCACAGCGCGCACCCGAGAUCCGCAGCCGAAGCCCGUGAGAGCAGCGAAGCGCGAGAGGAAAGGCACUGAACUAGUUUGCAACAAAGAAGAGGGAAAAUGUCUACCGCUGAGGCAACCCGUGAGGAGAAUGUGUACAUGGCCAAGCUCGCCGAGCAGGCUGAGCGUUACGAGGAAAUGGUUGAGUUCAUGGAGAAGGUCGCAAAGACCGCUGAUGUUGGUGAGCUCACUGUUGAGGAGCGCAACCUGCUCUCUGUGGCUUACAAGAAUGUGAUUGGUGCCCGGAGGGCUUCCUGGAGGAUCAUCUCCUCCAUUGAGCAGAAGGAGGAGAGCCGUGGGAACGAGGCCUAUGUUGCUUCAAUCAAGGAGUACCGUACCAGGAUUGAAACCGAGCUCAGCAAGAUCUGUGAUGGCAUCCUCAAGCUUCUGGACUCCCACCUUGUCCCCUCUGCCACUGCAGCAGAGUCCAAGGUGUUCUAUCUGAAAAUGAAGGGUGACUACCACAGGUACCUUGCGGAGUUCAAGGCGGGUGCUGAGAGGAAAGAAGCAGCUGAGAACACUCUUGUAGCAUACAAGUCGGCCCAGGACAUCGCGCUUGCUGACUUGCCUACCACCCACCCGAUAAGGCUUGGACUUGCACUCAACUUCUCAGUGUUCUACUAUGAGAUCCUGAACUCUCCAGACCGUGCUUGCAACCUUGCCAAGCAGGCAUUUGAUGAAGCCAUUGCUGAGCUGGACUCCCUCGGCGAGGAAUCCUACAAGGACAGCACCUUGAUCAUGCAACUUCUUCGUGACAACUUGACUCUCUGGACCUCCGAUAACGCAGAGGAGGGUGGUGAUGAGAUCAAGGAAGCCGCCUCAAAGCCUGAGGGAGAGGGGCACUGAUUGGCUGGCCCUCGAGCGUGCCCAAGUUUAUUUCUGAGUCCAUUUACGCAGCUACCUGUAUCAUUCGGAUCAUAAGAUGUACUAGGGUCGGUUGCACUAUGUGAAUCAUAAGAUGUGGUAGGAUGGUGCUAUGCGAAGCGUGUCGAGCUGAAGUACCUAGUGGACUACAGUCAUGAGGACGGUCAUGUGGACAUCGUCGCUUCUUAGUUCAUUAGCAGAUUUCAAACUAUUUCCUGUAUUGCAGCACAUUAUUAGUAUUGCUGUAUUAGCAAUUUUCAUGGCUUGUUGAUGAUUGAUCA